UUCCCAUCCACUGCCAACCUUCCAAUCCGAGUUCCGAUCGCCAGUGGCAUAUCUGUUCUGGCUGUUUUCGUUAGUCGGCAGGCAGCGUCGUUCGCUGAACGGUUGAUUUCCGAGAAUUCAUUCCUCUACGACCUACGUUCAGUUCUGACUAACCAGUUCUUCCGCGAACGUCGAGUCGCCAACGAUUUCCCGGCCAGUAGAGAAAGUGCUUUGUGCUUGUUUGAAUAGAAGACACCAUUGGUUGGGGCCUUUCUAGAGCAGGUGCACCCUUCCCUUCCUUCUUUCAACCUCUGAUAUUCCUUUCAUUCUUCGGCAUUCUCCUUCUGAAACUUGAAUUCCUCGAAUCGGAUAAUGUAACUGUGGCUCAUUGUGCGUGUUUUGGGGAGUGGCAGCUGCGCCACCCGACAACUGCGCUUUAAGGUUGGUAGGGGAGAGGCUCUUGCUUCACGCAUCGUUUUCCUGAAAAACGGGGUGAGGAGCAGGAGGGGCUCAUCCGGUUAGCCACAACGGGGUUAUAAAGGGCACCCACUGCGCUUGCUGGUCCUUUCCUGUCCCAGAUCUCAGUCGAGGAAGAACCUACUCUACGCAGCAGCUAUUAGUGCCAGUACGCAAUUUUUGUUCGCGAGUGACAACGCCUAAAGUUUAUUGGUUGGUUUUAAGUUGCUGUUUCUAGCGUUUCGGAUCGAGUUACGGAUAGAAAGCAAGUGAUUUUAUGAGAAUGAUGUGAUUGAAGAUUACGGUUAUCCGUUUAAAAUAUACAAUGUUGAAACAGAAGACGGCUACAUUCUUCAGAUACAUAAUGUACCUUUCGGACGAAACGUGAUAAAAGGGAGUCCUAAAAAUAAUAAACCAGUGGUUCUCGUUAUGCAUGAAAAUUUAGGAUCUUCAGCAGACUGGGUUGUAACUGGUCCCAGUAAUGGUUUAGCUUUUCUUGUGGCUGAUAGCGGCUACGACAUAUGGCUCGGAAAUAAUCGAGGGAAUACUUACUCUAAAAAACACACGAUGUUUCUGGAAACAAGUUACGGAUUUCGGGAUUUUAGGUUAUUCACAAGGAGGGACUCAGUUCUUCGUUAUGAAUUCAAUGAAACCCGAAUAUAACGACAAAAUUCGUUUAGGAGUGACAUUUGCUCCAGCAGUAUUCCUUGGAAAUACAAAAGGAGCAAUAAAUAUAUUAUCAAAGCUAUCCAACCCUAUAGAAGUAAGGAUUACAUUUUAAGUAACUAUAAUUUGUAAUUUUAAUUUAAAUGUGUGUGUAUGUGAUUAUUUUUUUAACAGCAUGGCAACCGUUACGUAAAGGCGUUUACGUAACGUAAACUCUGCAUUUGUAUUUAUUAAAUAAUAAUAAUAAUAAUAAUACACUCUCUUAAGCCAACAAAGUUCGACUAUCGGAAAUUAUUUUUUCAUGAAUAUAAUAUAAUCAAAUGAUAAAUGAACUUAUGAAGAAACAUAACCUCAAUCUAUGCCAUACCCAUAGUACUGAUUUAAAGUUUCACAAAUAGAGAAAAACAUUCAAUUUGAAUUCUUCGAUAUGUUAAAUUAUUUAAAAUAGAAAAGGAAAAAUUUUGUCUGCCUGCAUUUUUAAUGUGAACAAAAAAUGUAUUUUCUCAUUUUAAUAUUUAGCUGUCCAAAAAAUUUACCCCAAAUGAUUUUAUUAACGAUGUUGAGACGUUUGCUAAUAUUUGCACGAAACAUCAUUUUAAAAAGUAGGUCAAACUGUCUUUCCUUCUACAAAUUCCAGACAAAUUAGUAUUUGUGCUGGAACACGAAGAUAACAACAAUUUUUCUGUUUAAAACAUUUAGAUAGACCUACUAUUGAAGCUUAAAAACCCUUGAGCAAAUUAAAGUAGAGCAACUCUUGUUUAUAAUAACUAACUGAAAAUUUGAAACCUUUUUUUACAAGUGUGCCUCGAUUGUUGGUUUCGGGUAAAUUAUAGCGUAAAUAGGUCUGAGGGAUAAUUUGUAGAGGAUAAA